GAGACAUCCAUUUCUCCACUGCAUCAACCCUUGCCGUGAUGGCCGCAGUGACCGACGGCUACGUCAACGACGCACCGCCUGCGCUUGUAGCGCAUGGUGUAGGCUCCCCGACAGCAUUGAAGGUGCGCCCCAUAUCGAACACAAGCAACGCAUCGUAUGCAAGCGACAGGAUGCCGACAGGCGGUCGCCACAACGGUGGGUCGGAAGGUGAACAAUCCAGCGACGAACCUGACAAAGAGCAAGGCGACGAGAACGAAGAUGCGAACGAUGAAAACAUAGCGCCCGACGAAACGACUGGCGGCGACCGCAAACCUCGUCGUGAGCUCCCUCCCGCCACUGUCAAGAUCCUGAAAGACUGGAUGCUCUCGUCGGAACACAUCAAACAUCCAUACCCCACUGACGACGACAAGAAGAAGCUCCUCGAGUUGACAGGCAUCAACAUGAAGCAGCUCACGAACUGGUUCACAAACGCCCGCAAACGCAUAUGGAAACCCAUGAUCAGGCGUGAACACUCUCGCCAACUCCACUCGUCCCUGGAGUCGCAUGCCGCGUCCACGGACGCGACUUACACACAACACCCAGCCAGUGGCAACCGUGGCUACAACGAAUACGACCAAGGUCUUCCACCGACCCUACAUCCCAUGAUGGAACGACGCCUUUCGCAGCCGUCGACUGCCGAUGUCGACCACAGACCGCACCACCUGAGCCAGAUUCCGUCCAACGGGUCGGCAUUUCCUCGCAGUGCAUUCCCUCCCCUCGCGUCCAUCUCAGUGCCACAUUCGUCAGCGUACAUGCAUGGCCACUCGUCGUACCAGUCCCCGAUCAUGUCGUACGGGGGACUACCUCGCAUGGCGCCAACUCCGCUCUGUCCACCUCGAAGUCACCGCAGCGCGUCCGAGUCGAUGGCGCACCAUCACGAGAGCCACCAUCCAAAUCACACCCACCACAUACUCCACCAUCGCGCGUCGACAUCCUCUCAGCCGCCGUCGCAACCGUUCCUUCCACCGCGGGUCGAAAGCACCAAGAACGAUGCUGCGAAAACGUCGCCGCGACAAAAGCGCGAACGGCCUGGUGGGUCGUCCGGGAAUGCCGACGGCAGCGAUGCGCAACAAGGCAAGGACAAGCGUGUUCGUCGCAGUGCUCUCUUGCCACCACAUGUGAUUAAGACGUUGAAGGACUGGAUGCUCUCUCCAGAGCACGUAGAGCACCCAUACCCGACGGAUGCAGAGAAGAAUCAGCUGUGCCACGACACCGGGCUCGAUCUGUGCCAGCUCAACAACUGGUUCGCCAACAACCGAAAGCGGCUGUGGAAGCCGACGAUUGCGAAUCGAUCCAAAUCGUUGUACACGAACGAGAACAUCCGCAACCUCAUCUACAAGUCGGAAAAUGACCACGCGGCAGCCCGUUCGGAAUUUAAAUCGGACCGUGUGUUUCACGUCAACGCGAAUCUGGCCCGACCGUUUGACGACGGCGCCGCUCCGUUUUCACACGGCCAAUUCCCAUCCCCUUCGCACUUGACGGCGUCCAUGCCGCGGUAUCCUUUCCCGAGCACUUCCCUCGGCGCUGUCGUUGCCCCGCGCGAAGGCAGGUCCCACACCCUCGACAUGGGCUCGUUCCGCCGCAGCCGCAUGAACUUUCAAGACGUACUGAACGCGUCCACAACUCCCAUCGCCGCCCCACCCACACGGAUGCAGUGGAGUACAGGCCAAGACUGCUCGUCGUCGCGGCGAGAGACCGGGACCUUUAGCCGACCACUGCCAUCCCUGCACACACCGUCGUCGUCGGCAGGGUUCCCCUGCGGUCACUUAUAGACAGCGAAUGUAAUAGCUCCUCCCAUCUCAAUCGACUUCACCUGUACAACGCUUGG